AUGAAAAAAAUUUUGAACAACUUUGAGAAAUAAGAUAUAUUUGGUGUCCCGGUUAGUCUAUUAACAAAUUAAGAAAAUGAAAAAUUUUAAAGCAAAAUUGGUGGAAUUGCAACUGUUUUAGUAAGUAGUUUAAGUUUUGUAUAUUUUUGUUAUGUAUUUGUCUUAUGGAAAAGUAAUUAAUUAUCUCCAACUAUAAGUUCAAAAUAAGAAAUAUUAGGGUAUGCUGAAUUUUAAUUAGAAGAGUCUUUAAUUGAAAUAUAAUUGUUAGACUUUACUGGGGAUGUUGAUCCUUUUUAAAAAGAAAAUAAUAUUAUUACUCCUCUUUUAUUUACUUUUAUAAAUACAACAAUAGAAGAUGAACCAAUACCUUUAUUUUCUAAUAAAAUACAACCAUAUCGAAUAGUAUUAGAUAAUAUUACUAUAGUACUAAAUUCAUUAUUAAAUUAAGAUAAUAAUAAUUACUAAUAGCAAAGAUAAUAUUCAAUUGUUUUUGCAAAAUGUUAAUAAGAUUAUGUUAAUUUUGGUAGUUAUUGUGCAGAUGAAAAUACUAUUAAUAAUUAUUUAUCAAAAUUUCAUGGAUUUUUAUAUUUAACUAUUUACUUAAGUAAAUUAAAUAUACUUACAAAAGAGUUUGAAUAAUUUAAAAAGUAAUAUUACACAGGUUUUGAUCCAAAUAAACCUUUUUAUUCUUAAAUCAUGUUGAAAUAAUAAAAAACAAUUAUUGAUGAUGGAAUAUUAUUUAAUAGUUAUGAGCAUUAUAAUUUUUUAAAUAACUUUGAGCUUAUAAGUUAAGAAACUGAUAAAAAUUUUGCAAUUAAUGUAAUUAAUACAGUCUCAAAAUUUAAUUAUAAUUUUGAAAGUUAUGGUUGUUAUCUUUUUAGAAUUGAUAAUAUUUCACUAUAAGAGGAAAUUACAUAUCCUAAAUUGGGAUAAGUCUUAGCUUAAAUUGGUUCUAUUAUUCAAUUAAUAUUUCUAGUUAAACAUUUUGUGUUAUACUAUAAUAAUUAAUUAUUAGAAAAUUUGUUAUUAAAUUCUAUUGUUAAUAUGUAUUAUCCAGAACUUAAAGAAUUUAAAACUAAUUUUUUAAAUUAAAUUUCAAUCUAAAAUGAACAUAAUUACAAUAUGAAAAUACCUUGGAAAACUUUUAAAUAGAUUCAUAAAGUCUUUUUAUAAGGAGCUCGAAAAAAAUGUAGAUUAGUAAAUAUACUUUAUGAGAUUUCAAGAAUAUAACUUAUAUUACAAGAAAAAUUUGGUGAUCAAUUAUUAUUAAAAAGCCAUUAAAUGGGUGCAAUAAUAACUGAAAAUAAAUUAGAUUAAAUUAAUUCAAAAAAAUCAAAUCAUUUAUAAAUCAAACCUUUUGAUCCUUUUGAAAUGGAAAAUCAAUCUGAAUCUUUAGAAGAGUUAGAACUUUUGAUUUAAUAAAGAUGA